AUGCGUUUACUCGGAUGGGAGCCAUACAAGCGAUCUCUCAAAUAUGGAGUUACACUUAUUCCCAACUCUGUUUUGCUGUUGCCAUUCGCAGCUGUGAUAGUAUGGCUCGCUUAUAAAUUCGUGGAAGAAAAGAUGUCUCCGCUACAGAAGAUUCAAGACGAUUCCGUGGGUGUGGUCCAAGUAAGCGAUUGGAAAUGCCCAGAAAAAAAAAGGUGCUUAUAUAAGCUUGGUGCCGGCUUCAACAGACUGUAUAAUUACAUGUACUUCAGGGUUUACAUUACUGCUCUCGUGAAAUAAAAAAACAAUAUUUUCCAGAUGAAAAAUAAAUUCAAUAUAAGGUUAAAUAUACCACAUGUUGACCUUGCUCGAACGGAGACCGACCAUGGUAACUACAAAAGCUGCUUAAUAAUUAAUGACAUUCUCAAAAUGUUAAAACUAACUUCUAUAUAUUUUAGCAUGAUAAACUCAUAGCAUGAUGCGUUCAAAUGUACCUGGUAAACAUGAAAGCGGUGUUAGGAACCUAACAAUUGUGAACAUAAGCGGUGUAAGGAGCUCGGGUUUAACUGUUAUCCGGAAGAUUCUCUGAAUGAAACCGUCUUAAGCCGUGUCGCCAAUAUCACCUUCAUCUCCACGACAGCGAGUUUUUAUACAAAGCAGAUAAACGAACGAAUUCCAAACAGAAUAUGUGUGAAAGGUUUAACAUAUGCUCGGACAGAAAAAAUGUAAAGGGAGAACUACGUUGGGGUGCGUGAAGAGGAAUUGCCUGAAGCAAACAUAACAGACCAUAGCACCUUACACGACGAAAAGGGCUUGAACAAAAUCUUACUAAUUUUACUUGGCUUAAAUGCCAAUAAAAUAUAUAAAAAAUUAAUCAGUUCUGAUUGGCUAGUACAGAGUGCAGUUCUCAUGUAACACAGGUGCAAAUUUGUAACGCGGGCGCAAAUUAUACAACGUAAUACUUUAAACUAGGUUGCUGUAGCAGCUGACAGUGAAAUGAAAGCGCACUGUCAUAAUUUCACUUGAUUUGACUCUACGUCUCUCUCCUUUUUUUUACACAUAUAUCUUUAGUGAGUAAUCACAUAACGUUUUAAUGCUAUAAAAAUUGUGCUGUAUCAGUAGCCCCUUGUUAACUCUGAAAGUCCCUUUGUACCCACUGCCUUGGGGCGCAUUCCGUGCGAAGAAUCAUAUAAUUUUUUUGUUCACUUUAAUUUACUCAUUCACACUGCUGAGUGUAACUUGUAUUUUUCUAAUGCGAUUGAAAUGAUUGUUUCUUGAAUUUUCACCGUUUGACGUGCUACAACCAGACAAAAAAUUAAGGCUGUCUUGUUUCAACCAUCAUGGAAAAUAAUAUUUUGGGUAAAACUACUAGAAUAUAGGGCCACUUAUUUACUUCCUAUUGAAUCACAAUACAUUCAUUUGUGUUCUGCCUCGUUCCUCAACGCAUGCCGAUAAGCUGAACCUCAGUGGCCCAGUAUUGUGUAGUUGCUCCUUCGAUAAUGUUGCCUUAAAAUAUUCAUUAGAAGGUUUGAACGACUUUUGGUUACAAAUAACCUCACCCUCUCCUAGAGGGAAGUAUAUUUGAGGUCGUCGACUAUGGCGCUUGCGUGACUCAUCAUUACACUGCAUUUUUAAAUAACUUUCAGUUGUAUUGCUUCAGGCUACAGCUUUUCGGUCUACAGUUUGGACUUCUAAAAUGAUAUGGUCUGUAAUAGGCGUUCUUUUUCUGACGUGGCUCUUGUACAAGCUGUUUAAAGACGAGUUUACUUCAUUGAGAAAAAUUCCCAAACCCAGUGGAUCUCUUCCAGUGUUUGGUCAUGUGUUGACAUUUCUACGACAGGAAAACCAUGCGAAAUUGCUGCAGGAUUGGAGUGAAAAAUACGGGCCAAUUAUCCGUUAUAAUCGAGGUUUUGGUAAGUACGGUGUUUGAAAGUUUUUUCAAGAUGAUCCAGUGCAUACAAGUACAAUUAUUAUAAAGGAUCAACAAAGCCUCUUUCUUUCGCACUAUCAGAUAUUGGUUCACUAGCUCGAUGUUAUGAGAUCACCGAAUUUUGACAAGUUUUCAUCCUCUCCACCUUUACUGGGACAUGUUGGGCCACUAGCAUGUAUUUUUGGCAAUGUCAUGCAUAACUGAAUUGGGAUUGGAUGAACGAGUGACCUUUGGGGAUUUCAAACUUGAAAGAUUUGUAUCUGCCCUAGCUCCUACUUUCGAAUCCCUUGACCUAAUCUGACCCACCUGGUACCUUUUUGUCUCACUCCCUGUGUUUUCAAGAGAUCAUAGAAUCAAUGAACCCAUUUAACUGAAGGUCUAACACUGAACCGAACCAUCAACCAAACUGCAAAUGAUAAGUGACCAAGAAAACUGUGCUAAGAAACAUCCCUCUCACCAGUUGUGUGAAAUGGCCAUUUGAAAGUAUUCAUGAACUAAGACAUCCUUGACUGUCAGUGAAAUUUCUUUAUGUUUUCAUACAUACACCUUUUCAUUAAAUUUCUUUUAGGGGAAUCUAGAGUCCUCUUGACAGAUCCUGAGCUGAUCAAAUAUGUUGUCGUGACAAAUGCAAAGAACUACAGGCGGUCAGAGUUUGUUCGACAAGUUCUGCCCAGCAUUGGUAAUGGUUUAUUUUCCUCCAAUGGGAAGGAUCAUGCAUUUCAACGGAAAUUGAUCACCCCAGCAUUUCAUUUCAGCAACUUGGUUGGAAUGGUUGAGCAUUUUGAAGAUGUUGCUCACAAUUUAGUACAGGUGAAUCUUACUUUUAACAUGCUGAACUUGAUAGGUUUGAGUGCAAUCAUUUGACCAGUAUGUGGGAGAAACUGACAAAAAAUAGAUUCUUAUCCAGGGUGCAGGGAGGUAGGGGAAUGGUUCCUCUGUAUAAGAUUUUAGCAAAACAUACCAUGCUGGUCUAAAAGUGGGUGUAUACUUUUACCUUUAUGGUCUUAAAUUGUUUUUUUUUAAAAAGGAAUUAACACUCGAGGCUAGAACUAGAAUCGAACCUUGUUUCCACUGAAAUUGUUUGCCAAGUAAUUAUUGGUCCAUCAACUGACAGAGAGUGAUUGUUCAACUGUUUCCUUAAGUGUUAACUGCACAAUUAUACUGCUUCGAACAGAAUUCUGAGACAAGGAUUUGUAGGAGGGGUGAUAAAGGAGGACUUGCAGUAAAGUAAAUAACAGAGUUUAAUCCUUUAAUCCUAAAAGUGACUAGCAUCUAAUUUCUCCCAACAGUAUUACCCCUGAUUUACAUAUUAAGGUCACAAGGAUAGAGGAAAUGAUCACCAAAUAAAGAAGCUCAUGAUAGUUAAAUGAACUCUCCUUGUCAGCACCUUGGGAAAUGUAAAGGGAACAGUAUAGAGAAUCAUUGCAUACUGAUUUUAGGGUGUAGAGGGUUAAUUAUCCAGUUUUAAUUAAUGUCUGUUGCAUAUUCAUGAACUAUGUUCCAGUGUGUAUCCUCUUGUGGUGCAAUGAAAGGUCUUGAAUGCUUUUUUGCAGCUUUGGACUGAACAAGUAAACAGCUCAAAAGAAGGAGUCUCAGAGGCUUCCAUCUCUGUGGACUUGACUCAUCUUACAUUAGAUAUCAUUGGAAGAUGUGCCUUUGGGUACAAUUUUGACACCGUGUUGUCAGGAGAAAGUGAAGUUUCAAAUGCAUUCUCUGAUGUUAUAUUAGAAAUCAAUUUUUCCCGAUUGAUGAGACAGAAACUUAUUCCACUUUACAAAUAUCUUCCACUCCCUGAUAAUGUAAGGGCAAGAAAAGGUCUGGAACUGACAGAUAAAACUGUCCUGGAGGUAAGGUGUGACUGGAUUUAUUACCUUAAAAUUGGAAGCAUAUCUAAUUAGGCACGUACUCUUUUGGACCAACAACAUCAAUUUUUUGAUAUCCAUUACAGACUGAAUAAUAAUGCAUAGUUUAGAGCUACCAUUAACAAACGAAAUCUGAGACACUUGAACACAAUGUUGAUCAACAUCAAUCAUUGUAUGAUAAGCCUAAGCAACCAUACAAUAUCUAUGCAAUUUAAGAACAACUGACAAUGGUAAUAGGACUGAGUUGAGUCCAAUUCUGUCUGUAAUCGUAUGAGUGAUUACAAAAUUGGAUGACUGCAAAGUGAGAGUCCAAUUUGUUGAUCACGAGUAUGAUUACAGACCAAAUGGGACAACAGAAAGUCCUGUUACCGAUUAAUCAUAACCAUUACAAUUUCCAAGAAAACAAAUGCAUUUAUUUGAGAAAAUAUCUCUGCUAGAGAUAUCGUCUAAAAUGAAAAAUCCUCUCUUAUUGAAAUUCCCCAGUUUUGUUGGGUAAGGGGUUGUUGUUAAGGUAAUUUUAAUUAAUCCUGUGAUUUUUGGAUUUAACUGAGUGGCUUUAGUAUGAUUGGCUGCUUUAACUGUCCGAUUGUUUUUUGUCCAAUUAUAACUAAGUGUCCCCUUACAUUAUCUGAUUACAACUCUGCAAAGUAAUUUGUGAAAAGUAAAGCAGCUCAUGCACCAAUAACAUUAAUAAAUUUUGAAUGUUUAUGAUUCAUUAAUUAUUAUUAUGUGUACUAGUUAUGCUGUUAGAUGAUAAUUCUAAGCAAUUGAAGAAUGUAAAACAACACAGUUGUAUUACAUGUAAUUAAAAAGAAAGUUUGAAUAAUUCUUCUAAAAACUGUAAUCUUAUCUUCUAAUCUUAAAGAAAUUCAAUACUAGAAAUUGAUAGUUUUGAUUUGAUUUGAUUUGAUAAGCAUCCAUUGGUCAGCUUUUGAGCAAGCUGAUGUAGUCUUAUUUAUCAGCAACCAAGUGUACAGGUCAGAUUGCAAAUGAGACACAGCUUCAGUCACCACUUCUUGUGUUUGAUAUGUGAGGCUGAUUAUUAAAUUACAUCAUGCCCCCCCUGGCCAAUAUUUUACUGAUGCAUUAGUUCCACUUGACCAUCUAUCUUUUGAUCUCCAUCUGAGGAAGUUGAGUAGGUUUCUCUGUAUUCAGGGAUAUAAUAACAGGGUUCCCCCCCCCCCAGCCUUUCUAAAGGAAUACAAUUUUUAACCUGCAGGUUUUUCCAUUUAGCACCUGUGACUCAGACAUUUGUUUCAGUAAUGACUAAAGUUGCCUAACCAACACCUUACCAUUUUGCUGUAUGUUCUUUUGACACAAACUUAAAAAAGUUGCUGUUUUGGCUAGAUAUGUGAUCCAUAUUUCUUUUGUCCUUAACAGAUCAUUCAGGCAAGGCGUAAAAAGAAGAAAGAGGGAGGAAAAGUGUCUUCUAAACCAGACUUGCUAGAUCUGUUAAUGGAUCAGUAUGAUGAAGAGACUGGCUCUAGCAUGGAUGAUGAACUUCUCAGAGCUCAGGUGUUCACAUUCAUGUUAGCUGGUCAUGAAACCACUAGUGUAUCCAUGAUGUGGACUCUGUAUGAACUGGCCAGACAUCCAGACAUUGCUGAAAAGAUCCGUGAAGAAAUUAAACUAGUUAUGAAGGACUCAUCAGAAAUGACUUGGGCAAAACUGGCAGAGAUGAAGUUUCUUGGUAAUGUCAUUAAGGAAUCUCUCCGACUUCAUUCUCCAGCUUCUGUAGCAAUACGUAUUGCUAAUAAAAAUGAUGUGAUUCGUGGAUAUGAAAUUCCUGAAGGUGCUGUAGUAGCUCUUGGAAUUGAUGCUGUUCACUAUUCCCCAAAGUAUUGGAAAGAUCCACAUGCUUUUAACCCACAGAGGUUUGAUGAAAACGGUAAGAUUGAGGCAUAAAUUUCUCUCUUUUUUAUUUGCUUGUUUGCUUUUCUUUCAUGACUGCCCUUGCAGAACAGGAAAAAUCCCUGUUAAAUUAUGAACUGAGUUAUGUUAAGAUUCUUGGGGAAGGUCAAAUGAGAGCCAAAUGCAGUCACUAGGAGGGGGACCCAUCUGUAUGGCACCUCCCAAAAUUUGAAUUUCAAGUUGUUUGGAAAUGCGCUUUCCAUCACUCAGAGACUAAAUCUGUGUAUUUUAAAGCAUAAAAUUUUAAUCCUCAUUUGUUAUAUUUUUCAGUCCUUUACAUUAAAAUAUUGCUUGGCUACAUAAAAACCAUUGCCAGUGAUGUAUUCCUGCUAAGCUUGUCAACUCUACUAACAACCAAGUCAAUUAAGAGUUGCCAUUUUUCUCAACUGUUUUUUGAGAUUUUCUUUUGACGUUACUUAUCUCAGUUUACGAGGUUGGACUGAACCCCUUAAGCCCUCCCUCCUCCCAUUCCUGCCAGCCACAGGGCUCUGUAUUCUCCAAGGAGGAAAUUUGUUAACUCAAGAAUUGGCUGACAACAGUAGCUCUAUUUAGAUUAAAAUUAGUUUAUCUGUACACGCACAUACAUUGAGGAUCAUUUCGGGUUCGCGUGCUGAGGAGUGGAUGGUUUUUCUAUGUUUGACCGCGCAGAUAGAAAUGUACAUACGCAAAAUGGAUGUCGCAAAAAGUUACCCACACGGCCACACGAAGAACGCUUUUGUUUUUUCUUUUAUAUUAGAUUUUAUUAUUUGUUAUAUAUUAUUAAAUACCUAUCAAAACUUUCGGAAGACUUCAGGACUUGCCAUACAAAGAUGACAAAUUUUUUGGACGCUAUAUUUAAUAAAAGAGAUCUCUAAGAAUUAAACGUGUCAUUAAAUUAUCGUGUGUGUGUGUGUGUACUAUCUUUGCAGAUGAGAACUACCAAGCUCACCAUCCAUAUGCGUUCUUGCCGUUCUCCGCUGGUCCUCGCUCCUGCAUAGGGAGUAAGUUUGCCAUGGCAGAGAUGAAAGCUGUGUUAUCUACUUUGUUGCGACACUUAACAUUUGAAGAGAUUCCUGGAUUCACCGUGAGACCAGUUAUUCGAUUGACAGCUAAGCCAGAUCCGCCAUUGCGGUUGAGGAUCAGAAAGUUGACAAGUUGAAUGUGGCUUCAGCUUAUUUGUUUGGUUGGUUGGAUGUGUAACAAUUGCGUUUAGGGCUCAGUAUUAAUUAGCAGUGCUUCAAAAGACUACAUAAGGUAGAAGGUAUGCUCGCAAUCAUCUACUUUCUAUUUUUAUCGACUGUUUCGUUAAAAUCUGUGUUAGAUAUUUUGUAUUUCAAUUAGUUUCUUUUAUAAACAUUAUCUUAAAAUUGCCGCCAUGUCCGGCUGAUUAACAGUCAACGUAAAAUUUCAGUUUUCUUCAAGUUAUGUCUGUGCGUUGUUCUUGUAGUUUAGCGCGGUAAUAUUCCACCUCUGCUUUUUUGUUUCCUAAAUAUCUGAGCCAAAAUGUGCGUAUUCUUGGGUACGGACAAACGACAGAGAAAAUCCAACACAAGACUACUAAACCAACAAAGCCCAUGGACCCAGCGAGGAAAUACAACGGAACCAUUCGCCGACUCAUUUCUUUUCAACACUACAAGCGUAAUUUGCGGACUUGAAAUAAAUUUCCAAGGUGCUAAAAUGCGGCUAAUAUCGACGAGGAAUAGAUGAGCCAAUACAAAGGAAGUCCUUGCUCUGAAACGAAACGAAAAACGAAUUUCAAAUUAAAUACUGUUAUUAGCAUACAGUCAAAUGGAAAUAAAAAAGAAACGAAAAGGUGC